CUCGAUUUAUUUAAAUUUUCAAUUUCAUUAAUCACUAGUACUCAGUAUUGUGUGUUGGUUUUUGUUUUUUAAGAUAUCGUUUAAUAUAUUUUAAAACAAAUUUUUCCAGCUAGGUCUACAGUUACAAUUGCUUGUUUCAUGAAAUUUGUUAAAUUCAUUCUCAGCAAUUUCAUGACUUUGCUGCUGUUAGUGCGACCAAUAUGGCUUCUAAUUAUUUUUCACAGGAAACAUAUGACAAGAAAAUGGAUUCUGAGGGAAAGGAUAACGAAAACCAUCCACUUCUUUUGACUCAAAUGCCAGAAGAAAUUGUAGAGAAGAUUUUAGCUCUUCUAACAUACAAUGAUUUGGCAGAAGUACGAGGUGUGUGCCAUACGUUUAACAAAUGCUGUGAACAACUUCUGAAUGCUGGAUUCUCCAAGGUUGAUAAACUUCAUGCUCAGAUACAGAAACAGGUUAAAAGUCAACUGCCACGCCGUGAAUCGGAGAGGCGGAAUCACCCUCUGGCUCGACAUGUUGACAUCCUGUCUGCUAUUGAGACCAGAUUGUCCUUGCUGGGAAUGACGUACAUGAGAUAUAUAGAUAUGGGUCUUUGCUGCUUUAUACCCGGAAAGGUACUGGAUGAAUUGUUUAGAAUUCUGAAUACACUGAAAUAUCCUCAACAACCUCCAAGGGCUCAUGAGUUCCUCCAAGAACUUAGAGAUAUUUCUUCUAUGGCUAUGGAGCAUUUUGAGGAAAAGAUUGCUCCGUCACUAAAAACUAAAAUGCCAGCCGUCACCCUUCCUUACCCCUUUACUGACUGUGCCAGCAGAGAACAAAGCCCAGGCCCAUCCAUGAAAGUUGUCGCACUGAAUGACACCGGAGCAUUGCGAGGACAUUCAGUGAAGCAUGAAAUUUCAAGAUUAACGAACCAAAUCAGAGGACUUCAAGCAAAUUUACAACAACAAAGAAAAGAACUUUCUGAUAACAAAACACGCUAUGUAGAACAACGUAGAAAAGUAGCCGAGUUAGAAAGAAAGUUACAGAUCCAAAACAAAACUGUCAUGGAACACGAACAGAAAAUACACAGUCAGCAUAACAUGAUCGCAGAGCAGAAUCAAACCAUCAGCGACCUGAGCAAAAAAAUUCUCGAGUUUGAUCAGAAAUUUGCCGAUGUGUACUCAGAAUUGAGUCGAAUCAAAGGGGACAGCGACAGCUGUCUGAGUUCACAGUCGUCAAAUUCGUCACUUCUGGCAUGUUCAAGUACCAGUCUGAACACUAUUGGACUGGAGAGUAAAGAAAAAAGGGACUCUCUGAAAAGGCGGUCAAUACGAGACGGAAACGAGAAAAGCAAAAAGCAGCGGAAAAUAUGAGACGUGUGUAAGAUUGGAUGUUUGGUGCCAAUGUUUUCAGUGAUACUUUCUGUGUAUUUAUUGCUGUCCUGAUUUGACAGGGGUGAACAGUUUGUGUACUGGACGUGUGAGAUGAGAGAUAUUGUAGUAAAAAAUGUGUCUGGACCGAAAAUGUCAAAAUUAUUAUCACAGGUACUUGUAGCUGAAAUCUAUAUGUAAAGUAUGCAUGUUUUAUUUAAAGCUAGCAUGGUUGUAUUGUUUUUAGGCAGUAACUGGACUUUAUACAGACCUGCUUUUAAACUGAUUUAAUCUGCCUUCAUUUCCGAGCCCUUUUCUUUACUGUUCAUUAUUGUUUUCAUGCAGACGUCUCAAUAAUUGAAUUCUUUUCUUUCAAGCAAAUAUAAGGUAUAUUUGAUUGUGUUGUCAAUUUCUUUCAGUUUUGUAUGUUUUUCAUGUAUUGACUCUCUCAUAUUAAACAUUGUUUGUCAAUGCACUCCCAUUAAUUACAUGUACAUUGCACUAAUCAAUUAAACGGAGACAAUACAUUUACUAUAGACACUGUAUUUAACUGUCCAUGUCUAAAACUAGUCUUCUGCUGUAUUUAGUGGCGAUGGUAUUAGUUAGACAUGUAUUCAUUCACCGUGGAAUUUAUCAGUUUUAUGUUAAUAGAAUGACAUUACAAGAUACUUAAUUUUAUACUUAUUCUGCAGGUAUUUAUCAUGUUUUAAAUCACUUGAGUUUUUCCGAUAGAAAUUUUGUCAGUCGUCUGUUGUUGUUGCUGAGACAUUAGCUUGGUCAAUGUCACUAUUUAAACUUUCCACAUUUCAAAACUUCUACAGAGCCGCUGUGCUACAACUUUGUAUUGCCUUAUAAAUGAUGUCCAUGUAGCUUAAAUUUAAAUUAGAAUUAGUUCCUUUAAAAAAAACCCAUAUUUCUGACAUAAAUUCAAGCAAAAUAUACUUUUCAAAGAAAGAGCAUAGUGAGAAAGUUAAUAUUAUUAUGACUGUCUUUCAAAAUAUGCAAAAAAAGGUGUGGGUCACUGUAUAAAUUAUGAAGAUGUUUCAUUUUUUUCUAAUUUUGUAUGUGGGGAGAUAAUUUGGAGAAAUAUUUGAAAUCACUUAUCAAUAGAAGAACUAUAGAUGGUAUGCCCUUCUGCCUCUGCCAUUUCUAUCUGCCCUCUCCUCUCUAUCACACUAAGAAUGGCGCAUUUUGUUUAUCAAAAGAUUAAGUGCUACAGAUAUUGUAAUUUUUGUGAAAAUAAAUGCUUUUUUUUGGAUCGAAUACCUAAAAUUAUCCCACUUCUUGCCCAUUAACCUUAACCCAUUUCUAAAUUGCAUUAAGUAACCCAUCGUCAGAACUUAUUCAAUGAAUGCAGUUUAAUAGAGAGAAAACGGGUUCCGACGAUGAAGUUAACCCAGUGUCAACUCCUUACGGGUUAAUCAACAAUCAAUCAAUUACCUGUGUUUCAGGUGAGCAUUGCGACCCAUGGGCCUCUUAUUUUUCUUUAAAGGCUAUUACUGUCCCUUUGUCUCGCUAUCAUAAAGCUUCAUAUAAUCCUCGUAAUUCAUGGACAAAUUGUUAUUCAGUGUAUCAUUAUUUCCUCACAGUAGUAUGUAAUUUUAUGCCAUAAUGUAGAUUAAUGCCUUGUUCACCUGGAUGUGUAUUAAAUUUAUAAUGCGCAUUAAAGUAUUUGGAAUUUAAUAGCGUUUGCACGGCGGUAAUUUGAAGUAAUUUAAUGCGCAUUACAUUCAUAUGCAUUUCUAAAUUAACGGGCGCGCAAAAUAGAUAAAAAAAAUUGACUACAUCAUUGAAAAUUAUUUUUAAGAUAUUUUAAUGAAUACUGGGUAUAUAUAUAGAAUUUAUUGUUCAAAGUACUGUAGUAUACUACAUGUACAUAUUUACAAUGUACAUGCAACUUAUAUACAAAAAAGGAGUUUAUUGUUUUUAUAGAUUCCCAAGAAAUUAUAAAGUGUACUUGUUAUUUCCUCUAAUGACCAGCAUGCAAUCAAUACAAUAUAUUGUUGCUUUAUGAGCCCAGUUAAAACCUCAGAACAUCUCUUUCACCAUUCUGCUGACUGAUAUUGUGUCGUAAUUUUUAAUUACAAAUAGUUGAUUUGAACAUAUUUUAUUGUACAUAUAAAUAUACAAAGGGAUUAUAGUUACAAGUUCUAGCAACUUCGACAACCUCUCCCGAACCAAACUUUAAAUAGUUAUGUAUUACAAGUCUAAUAUGACAUCAUGUUGUAUGAAAUUUAAACAAUGAGCAACGUAUUUGUUGAAAUGUAAAAAAAGAAAUAAUUUAAAAUCAUAUCAUCACCAUUUUAAAACAUUUUUAUCGUAAUUAUAGCAAUUCCACAAGUAUUACUCGGUAUGCCCAUGUAGAGCACAGAUUUACGUCUGACACUAUCUAAUGACAUGCUGUUUGUACAUGUUUUUUAGUGAUUACCGUGAUUUUAAUUAGUUUUUUUGCUCCAAAAUAACAUUACUAUCUAUAGCUAACCACAGGUAUCAUGCAUGUGACCCAAAUUUGCCAUUACGCAUGCAUCUGCAUUAAAUCCACAUUGGCUUCGCUUUGCGUUAACAUGGAGCUAAUGCAAAGUAAAUUUGAUGGACAUUAAAACGAGAUGUAAAUUUUAAUUCGCAGGAAACUGAUGCACAUUAAAAUCUUCGUGUAAAUGCGGUUCCGAUUUAAUGCGCAUUAACUUGCAUUUAAUGCAAAUUAAUUCUUUGUGUGAACAAGGCAUUAAAGACAUGUUUGUUGCCCUAGUGAAUUAAUAUGAUAUUGUAUUUUUGUGGGGGAAAAAAAUCCACUUUGAAAAUCAUUAUUUACAAAAUAAAGAGUGAGAUGCUUCUUUA